UCCUCCUUCCUUCGCAAAAGUCGUCAAAGUUCUCAAAGAGGGGAACCCCGAGCUCAGGUUGAAAAGGCGAGCGUAGCCCGCGGCUCGCGUUCAGCCGGUUGGCGCGGGCCUGUCAGUCGGCGGGAAAUCAAGUGUGGGAUGGGAAGCGGCAGCCCGUUCAAACGGACGCCGGCGGAGCGAAAAGGGAGGAGAGCUGCGGGCCCUCUCGCGCGCUGUCAAGUCAGUGCGCUCUUUCACUCAUCUGACACCAGGAAUUAGCCUCAAACGGAUGUCAAAAGCACUGCGCGUCGAGGGAGAGUUGCAUUACUGAGGAUUAUUUGAAUUUUUUUUGUCGUUUCUUCACUGAUAAAUGACCUCUUUGUGCAUUUUGUGCAUUUCAAAGCUUUCAGCCUCCUAUGCCAAAGUGUGCACCUGCGUCUGAGAGUCUUCGCUGGAUGAAGCCCACACAGUGAGCAGAGAAGCGCAUCACAGGUUUGCAGAAACCCCCCGCCUGGACGCGCCGUUCGCUUGACUCUUCACCCAAACAACAACGACAAACAGCAAAACGCAGGGAAGCCUUCUCUCUCUCUCUCUCCUCCCUCUCUCUCACUCGCUCGCUCAUCUUUGAAGCAAUGUAGCGGCGAGGAGAGCAGGGGGCUUCUCCUUGCACCCGGGGGAGCGUGGCGGGUGCACGCAGUCGACCGCGGCCGCUUGAGGAGCACCGCGCCCGCCGAGUGUUGCCUCUUCUCGCGCUCCCCCUCCUUUUUUCUUUAAAAAAAAAAAAUAUAUAUAUAUAUAUAUUUGUGGCGCAGCGCCGCGCGGCUUGGGAGGACGAUGGACGGCGCCGAGGCGUUGGUGUUCGGCUCGGUGCUGGCGGUCAUCGUGGUGUCGCUGCUGUCCAACGCGCUGGUGCUGAUCUGCUUCGCGUACAGCCCCGAGAUCCGCAAGCAGGCCGCGGGGCUCCUGAACGCCAACCUGACCUUGUGCAACCUGUUGCUGACCGUGGCCAACAUGCCGCUGACGCUGGGCGCCCUGGCCAGCCGCGCGCAGCCCGGCGGCGACGACCUGUGCCGGGCGGCGGGCUUCCUGGAGACCCUGCUGUCCACCAACGCCAUGCUGAGCAUGGCGGCGCUCAGCGCGGACCGCUGGCUCGCCGUCGUCUUCCCGCUGCGCUACCACUCCAAGAUGCGGCGCCGCGACGCCGCCCUGGUGCUGGGCUACACCUGGGCGCACUCGCUGGGCUUCUCGGCGGCCGCCGCCGGCCUCUCGUGGCUGGGCUACCACCGCCUCUACGCCGCGUGCACGCUGGGCGCGCCGCCGCGAGGCCGGGCGCAGUUCGCCGUCUUCAGCGUCCUCUUCCACUCCUUCACCUUCCUGCUGUCCCUCGUCGUGCUGUGCGUCGCCUACCUGAAAGUGCUCAAAGUGGCCCGCUUCCACUGCAGGAGGAUUGACGUCAUCACCAUGCAAACGCUGGUGCUGCUGGUGGACAUCCAUCCCAGCGUUCGACAGCGCUGCCUGGAGGAGCAGCGGCGGCGGCGGCAGCGAGCCACCAGGAAGAUCAGCACCUUCAUCGGCACCUUCAUGCUCUGCUUCGCUCCCUACGUCAUCACGAGGAUCGUGGAGUUGUUCCCGUCGGUGCCCAUCAGCCCCCACUGGGGGGCGCUGUCCAAGUGCUUGGCGUACAGCAAGGCGGCUUGCGACCCCUUCGUCUACUCGCUCCUGCGCCACCAGUACCGCAAGACCUGCGGCGACAUCGCCGACCGGCUGCUCAAACGCUGCCGCUCCUCCGACGAGUCGGGCCCGGAGGGCCGAGGCGCCGCCUUACCCGGGGCGCGGUGACCCUCGAGGGCGCGCCGCGGUUGACGGAGGACCGCCGUGGAUGAAGCUCACAAGAGCCUCACGGUAGCUAUACUGAAUCUUGCGCCACGUUACUUCCUUCCGUCCUGAAGAGCGCUACAGAGCACUGGACGCUCCCGAGCAGGUCCCUUGAUUGGACUGGAGUGCAUCUUAAUCCAGAUGAUUGCAGGUAGCCACAAGGACUUUUCUUCCUCUACAAGUGGAUGGAAAAAUGCCAAAUCUGAUUCAGAUUUUUUUUUUUCUGCCUCCACUGAUUGUGCUUUGUGACGGGCUGAUUGGAUCCGUUCUGGGCCCUCUGCGAGACGACUCGAUGCUGUUUUUUUUAAAAAAAACAUGCAUUUCUUUGUUUGUUUAUUUAUUUAUCUUCUCAAGAAGGACCAACCGCAAGAACAUUUGAAUUUGCGAUGAAGAGAUUUCUAGACCGAUGUUUGCAGAGCGAUGUUUGUCCGCUUCCUGCCCUGUUCGUUCGUUGUUGUUGACAAACGGCGAGUUGAGUGUCAAUGGGCACGACGGCAAAUUGGCCCAAAGUGUGGGUCCAACUUCACUCGCCCAAAAAGCUGGUGACCGUCGUUGUCGUGAGAAAGAAAACCUCAAUAAAAAGCCAUUCCUUUUCCGACUUAA